UAGGGUGGUGGGGGCCACAAUCGGAUGCAGUCAGUCUCGCGAACAUAAUAAACUGUCAUGGGACGUGGAAGCCUCACCACCGUUGCUUUCACUCUCAUUAGAAAUUAAAAUAAAAGGAAAAAGAAAAAGAAGAUGCACUUGUUUUUCUUUUGUAUUCUUCUUCGUACUGUUCUUCUUCCUUGUUUAUUUGUUUCUUUCUUCUCUCUGUCUCUGGCUCUCUCUUGUGCAUCUGCUUCAUAAUCACAAGAUCAUUGCCUGUUGAUUUAGGGUUAUAUGCGUACAUCGUCAUAUACUUAGAAUAUAUAUACAUACAGAAAAAUUUAUAUAUCUGUACAUCCAUUCAUAUAUGUAUAUAUAUAUACAUAUAUAACUGCAUACAGACAGAAAGAGCUGUUGAUUUCUUGAUUUUCCGAGCCAAAUAAAUAUAAGCAUAAAAUCUUGUUGGCGAUAUAUGGCUGCCCUUCAGUUUCAACAACAAGAACAGAAAGGAGGAGAAAUGAUGAAGGGAAAUCCAGCAGUGGUGGAUGAAGCUUCUUCAAUGCAACUUCAUCAUCAUCAGGGUGGUGGUUCCGUGGAUGGAAGCCCCUCUGACACAGCAUCCUCCAUCUCAUCACCUUCUGCUAAAGAUACAACACCUCCUCUCAAUCUCAAACAAACCCAUGCCCAUCAAACCUCCAUCCAUCCAAAUCCCACUGCUUCUUAUGGAUUGUACUCUCCAGGUUUUGAUGCUUCCCUUCUUGGAGAUAUGGAUAAUCAACAAUACUACAUUGCUGGGAAUGGAAUGCUACUUCAAUACCCUGUCAUGCAAGCCGAUAAUGGAUCAUUUUCCUAUUUGAUUUCAGGGUUUUAUCCUGGCUAUGAUCCUUACACAACAUAUUUACCCAUAACUAGCAUUGGUGCUGAUGGACAGUAUUUUGGUCAGCAGGUGUAUCCGCCAAGCCCUAUGUUUCAACCACCCAUUGCUUCCUCUGGAUAUGGCCUGAAUUUUCUACCUCAUGGGAACUUCGUACCAUCACCGUACCUCUGGGAUCCAUCUCUUCUUGUCGGAGAUGUUGCUUCUGGAAAUGGCAAUAAUGGAGUUUUAGAAACUCCAGCCUCUAAACCUAGUUUUUCUGCACCAAGCCACACCCUUCCUCCACUGUCUAAAUCUUUUACACAUUCAGACUUAAACAGUCCUUCAUUGGAUGUCUCAUCAGGUCACAACAAUAAGCUAAAAUCAUUCAACAAGGCCUCACAAUAUGGUUCAAAAAUCCAGUCUGAUGUACCUCCUAAAGGUUACUUUGCUCUUACAAAAUUUCCAGUCUAUAAUCAAGUCUAUCCAAACAACCCAAUCGAUUCAAAAUCAAAUGCAAAGAAAUGGGAUGGAAAUGAAAAUUGGAAAACAAGAAGUAAGGUUACUGGUGCAACUGAUAUUAAUAUACUCAAUGAAAACCAUGGUACCGGGAAAGGUAAUGCUACUGGAUCUCUGGGUACUGAUGGGAAUGGAAACUUAGACAGCAUAACCUCUCCAAUAAGGAAGGAUCAAUAUAACCUCCCUGACUUUGCAACCAGAUAUGAUCAUGCAUUUUUCUUUGUCAUUAAAUCUUACAGUGAAGAUGAUAUCCAUAAAAGCAUCAAGUACAAUGUUUGGGCUAGUACACCUAAUGGGAAUAAGAGGCUUGAUACUGCAUAUAAAGAUGCACAAAAAAGGGUGUCAGAGAAAGGCAACAAGUGUCCUGUAUUCCUUUUCUUUUCGGUAAAUGCAAGUGGUCAGUUCUGUGGAGUAGCUGAAAUGACUGGUGGGGUUGAUUUUAAUAAGAACAUGAAUUUCUGGCAACAGGAUAAGUGGAAUGGUUAUUUCCCAGUCAAGUGGCAUAUCAUAAAAGAUGUUCCAAACCAACAACUACGACAUAUUAUACUUGAGAAUAAUGAGAACAAACCUGUAACCAAUAGUAGAGACACUCAGGAGGUGAAAUUCCAUCGGGGUAUUGAGAUACUGAGUAUUCUGAAAAAUUAUGUACCCAAUACAUCCAUAUUGGAUGACUUUGAUUUUUAUGAAAGCCGCCAGAAAGUGAUACAAGAGAAGAGGAUCAGGCAUUCUACACUUGACUGUAAUCUACAGAAAGUGGAUGAACUGACCUCUAGCUUCUAGUCGGUACAUAUAUCUACUCUGAAGUCUGAAGAACAAUAAGGGAACUCAGGUUAGAAGAUUUUGAGGGAAUGAAGGAUAUAUGAAUGUGAAUGACUGUAUUCCAGAUAGAGCAGCAGCAUUGGGAAGCUGCUAAUUAAUCUCUGCUAUUGAUGCUCCUAGAAAAUUAAUACUCAAAACUGAUAAAAGUGGAGAAGAGGCUAAAAUUUUCAGGUUCUUCUUGACUGAAUGGAAACAAAAGUACAGUGGCUUGAUCAUCAAGGUGGGCUGAUUAGUAUUGCAGAAGAACAAAAGGUUGGUUGGCGAUUGGUUCCUGUUUGUUGUUCCAUCUCAUCUCUCAUAAAUAAAGGAUAGCUUUUAGUUUCUCUUAGUUUUGGAGGUGGUGGCAGAUUUGUAAAGCCACCAUUUUAAUUGGCCCAGAAAGAUUUUUAACCACCACCCUACCGGCUAAACUAUAGUCCUAGUCUUUCAUACACAUUGUAUCAAAUGCCAAUUUGGUCUACGUAAUUAUUUAUUUCAUUUAGGUACA